UUAAAAGUAUAUUUUUUAUAUACAUUAUUUACAGGAUUAUAACAUUAUUUGUGUCUUACGUCUUUCGAUAAGUUAGUUGCAUCCUAUGUUUUGCAGUAAAUAUUUUGUUUUUUUUCUCAAAUAAAGUCGUCAUAGCAAAAAUAAGUCAAGUUUAUAGUGAGUUAUUAAGUUGAUCGAAGAAGAGUGCCAGACCGCGGUUUAAAUGUAUUUUUUUAAAAAAUCGGAUACAUUAACUACAUUAUGUUAAAAGAAGUGAUCUUUAAGACGAUACAUCACCGAAUAUAAUUAAUACGCGAUUGUAAUAAUAAAAAAAAGACAAAACACAGGUGUAAGAAAAAAAUGAAAAUGAAACGCAGCAGAUCAUUAUCACCCAAACCCUCAAGCAGCGAAGAUGAUAUGAAACGUAUUAGACUUGAAGAGAAUGCUGAAGCAGAUAAAGCAAUAUUGUAUCCACAUAUAUUAGAUUUUUCAGAUGAUGUGUUACUAAAUAUAUUUCAAUAUUUGAAUCCUCAAGAUCUUAUGGCAAUAAGCUUAUGUUGUCAACGACUUGGACAAGUAGCACAAGAUAAAACAUUAUGGAGAAGAGUAGAUUUUCGUGCAUUGCCUAUAAAAUUGAAGGACUUUAUGAAUGAGUACACAAAAUUCCUUCAACCUGUGACAACAACUCUUGCAAUACGUCGCAGUUUGGGUAAUGGAGAAAUAGGUCGUCUCACUCCUCAUUUCUUCAGUUGUAUUAAAACUGUAUGCAUUCACCUUAAAGAAUUAAUCAUUGAGGAGUAUUUCAUUCAUGGAGAUAGGAUUGAGAUCACAGAUUUUCCACGUACCCUUGAAAAACUUUCAUUAAAAGGCUGUAAAAUGGGUUAUUUGCGUAGUAAUAAGUCAUAUUUCUUUAAAAUGAACUUCCAUAUGCCUAAUCUAACAUGUUUGAUUUUAAGCAACUGUCAAUGGUUUACUCCACAUUCGCUCUUGGUUAUUAGUAAAAUGCCAAACUUAAAAGAAUUGCGAUUAAAUUCUUGUCACCGUUUGGGUGAAUGUGUUGCUUAUACUAGUUUAGCAACACGAUUUGGGUUUAAAAAAUUGGAGAUUCUGGAUUUACGAGAUACAGCACUUGGUGACAGUGAAGUUUGUUGCUUUAGUUGCACUACUACCUUGACUCAUCUCUACUUAGAAUGCCCGCCUAGUUUCAGAGACACGGAAUUAACAGAUCAGGAAUCUCGACCUUUAGACAGAGAAGCUAUAUUGAAUCCUCCACCUACGUUUGAAGAUGCACAUGUUGCACAGUUUUGGGUAGAAGAUGGAUUCCCAUGGGAAAAUAAUUCAUUUGGGCGUUGUCUAAUAACAGACAGAGCAAUUUGUGCCCUUGGAACCGACAUGUGUGAUCGUAGAAUAAUCAAUAACUUCCUAGCAGAAGGUGUAAUAGUUGUAGAAGACGGCAAAAGAGUAUUUAACAAUCCACACUUGAAAACAUUGGUCGUUAGAAAUUAUCCACAUGUUACGAAUUCAAGCCUUGUUCAUUUGGCUUUAAAUACAUCCAGUCUCGAGUAUUUGGAUGUAACUGGUACUUCUGUUACAAAGCAAGGUGUCGAAGCUUUUAAGUCUCAAAAAGCAAACGUUAAAAUAUUAUCUUCAUUUGAUGAAACAUAGUUAUAAUGGACUGCAUGAAUCGUGAAUGUAACAUGAUUUAAGUGUAUGUCUAUUGCGUGUGUGAAUAUUGACGAGCAAUAUUUAAGAAAUACAAAGCCGUGCCGAAGGCUUUGAUAAUAUGGUACUGCUACAGUUGAAUAAAUUUAUUUUUCGCGAAAGAUGAACAAACAGAAGAAUUAGAAGUAAAUAGUUUUUUACUUUCACAAAAUAGUAGAUGUAAAGAAAGACGUGAAUCAUAGAAGAGUAUUUGAAAUUAAUACUUAAUUUUACAAUCUUAGUGUGAACUGUGUUUAGUGUAUUUAUUUGCAAGUGCUCCAGUUACGUGGUAUUGUAAAUACGUAUUUGUGUGCAAUUUAAUAGUAUAUUAAAUUUUACGUCGAUACUUA